AUGCUCAGAGAAUCGUACAGAAACUUCAACAUGUGUCUCUUCACUCUCGCAGGCACCCCGCUUCCUCUGGACGACGACGAGGCGCUGCUCUACACUGCGGAAAAAGUCAACUUCUACAUCACCGUGGGAGAGGGAGGGUUCUUUAACACGUACAGACAUAGCUCACCCAGCGGGACAAUAUUUGUCACCAACUGCAGACUUAUCUACAUACCAGCCAAGCCCACGUUCAGUUUCUGUUCUUUCUUCAUCAAGACAACAGCUGUCCUCGAUGUUGCGCAAAAGGGAAGAAAAACAGUGCUACUAAAGGCCUCCCUCAAUGGGAACAUAUCGGCAGUAAUAAAACUCAAAAUGGGACACAAUCUGCCAGACACGUUCAUUAAGCAGCUGAGCGCAUCGCAAGAGUACCUGAGAGUCAGAGAAUAG